AUGGACGGACUGUCCGAUGACUCGCCAUUCAUUUCUGUGAUAUUCGUCGCAGACUGGAUCGACAGGGGCGGUUUCUGGCUGCUUGUGCUACCCUUUGCCCUCUUUUGGUACCAUGUGACACACCGUCGAUCCGAUCUUGUCAUCAUCGUGAUAUGUCUUGCUUGGAAUCUGCGCUGCUCAAUCAUUCCUCUCUGCUAUGAGCUGGCACGUUCUAGGCUGGCUCUUGGCAGCGUGGCAUUGACUGCGACUGUCUCAAUUGGCCUUCAGCUCUUUGGCUAUAUCUGGAAAUGGAGGCAUAUUGACGAGCCUCAGAGCGGUACCCCCUCCGCGUAUUUGAUACCAUGUCGCGUAACGCACAGUCGAGAGCACCCCAAGAAGCAUGCCUUUUCUUAUUCAUAUCUGACUGUGGGGAUAUCUGUGGGCUACAGAGGAAAUGUGAAUGGAAUGAUAUCUGUGGAUGACCCGGAUGUCUCUACAUCCUGGCUAUCUAAGAUUUGGCGGGCGAGAAGCUGGUUUCGCGUUGAUGCAGCUGAUUAUCUAGAAAGAGGUAACAACAAGCUCGGACUUCGUGCCAAACUUGAUAAGUAUCUCAUAUCUCAGGAUGCGAAUCCAGCGGACUAUCCCCACGCUUUCCUUGUUACCGUACCAAAGUUUCUCGGAUAUCAAUUCAGCCCAGUCUCAUUUUGGUACCUGUACUCUUCUGACAGGACCCUCUCGGCUGUUGUUGUAGAGAUGAAUAACACCUUUGGCGAGAGGCGGCCGUACCUGGUGUUGCGUGACACCACAGACGAUGCCACGCGGAUUACUUCAAAUGAGGUUUCUCAGCUGACACCUGUCUGGCUAAAUGGUACGUGGAAAAAGGAUUUCCACAUGUCUCCCUUCAAUUCUCGCAACGGGUCUUAUUCCUUGCUGGCUAGAGAUCCUUUUGAAGGUAACAUGGAGGGCUUCAGAGGCAUCGACAUAGCUCUUAACCUCGUUUCGUCCAAGGGCCAGCCUAAACUGGAUGUUCGAUUAUAUUCUGAAGGCAAAGCACUUGAAGCUUCACAAAUGGGACCGUUGGAGCAGGCAAAAUUUGUUUUGACAUGA